AUGGGUGGGGGGUGUAGGGGUGGCAGUAGCAGCAGGGUUGGCUCGAGGAGGGUGAAUGGUGGCGAGUUGAUUGGGAGCAGUUACAGGGAUGCGGUCCUGCAGCUGGUCAGUGCUCUUGAGACCGCUGCUAUGAAAGCAACACUAUGGAGAGGAGCAAGGGGAAAUGCGGGAAAGAGGAGGGUGAGACGGCGCGGCAAGGGCUGUGCCACGGAUGAUAGCCGUCGAAUCCACUCGCUAACCUCCCAUCCCCCUCCAGCCGUCAUGCGUCUCGCCGCCCUCACUGCCUCCACUUUCCCUCCUGCUGCCCCGCAUUCCUCUCAUGCAUCUGACUCCUCUCAGCCGUCAGGUGCUGCUGGUCGUGACUGUGCUUGUCAAUCGCAGCUAUCGGAUUUUCGGGAGGCGUUUCGCAGAGAGGUUCUCGCCCCGUUGCUGCUCGCUGACAUCAACCUCUUCUUUGCUCUCCUCUUUCACGUCAUAGCAGCCUUCUCCUCUCUAACCAUUGCUUCCUCCCCUUCCUGCUCCUCCUCCUCCUCUCCUUCCACCUCUCCUUCCUCCUCCCCUCCCACGUCGCCUCCCUCAUCACCGCCCGCCAUCCAUCUCUCCCGCUUUGACCUCUUCCACUGCCACCUCUUCGCCACCCACGCCUCCGGUCGCCUUGGUGCCCUGUUCCACGCCAAGGAGUAUCCUGCUUUCUGCACCGAUUCCUUCCCCGUCAACCUUGGCUUCUGCCAGUCAGGCAAGUGCGGGACACUGACACAUUGA